AUGCAUACAACUACUAAUAGUUCAAAUAAUAAUAAUAACAACAACAAUAAUAAUAAUACCAUGUAUUCAACAGCUACAACAUCAUCAAAAUAUAAUCAUUUACCAAAAUUUAAUAAUCCACAACCUAAUAAUAAUCAUCGGUAUAUUUCAAACGAUAUUGAUCAUCAUCAUACAUCCAUAAACUCAUUACCUUUCAAUCGUACCAUUAGUUCAUCAUCAUCAAUAAUAAGCACCCCAAGCAAUAAUAUACGAAGAUUUCAAAAACAACAACAUGAAAGACAACUAGAAAAGGAGAAAGACAAAGAAAAGGAUAAACAUAAUAAAGAACCAUCAAGUAGUCUAACAUCAAAAGGUAGAUCAAUAAAAACAAGAUUAUUAAAUUUACAACAAUCUCAAAAACAUCAAGUUAAUAAUAAUAAAUCACAACAACAAGCUUCAAACUCCAAAAAUAAUACACUCCAUCAUAUACAUAAUACUAAUGAAAUCCCACUACUAUCUACAAAUGCAAAUUCCAAAACCAAAAUACGAAAUAAUAAUAGCAACAAGUUUAUUAAUCCAAUUUCUUCAAUUUAUGAUUAUUCAGUGUUUACUCAUCAUCCAAAUUCAAGUAUAAAGUCAAAUGAAGUGAAUUUACCAUUUCUUAAAGAGUCACAGAUAAAAGCAUGGGAAUCAGCAGAAUCUACGAGUGCUAUAAUAUUUCAGGAUUCUAGUGAUGAUGACGAAGAUGACUAUAAUUGUAAUCCUAAUCCUAUAAAGUCAAUACCUGGGUAUACAAACUCAGAAUUGGAAUUCUUGUUUAGUCAAAAGAAUCAUAAUUUGUUAUCGAAAGAACAAGAAGCAAAGCUACUACAAGAUUAUAAAAUAAAAGUUAAUCUGUUAAACGAGUCUGGUCAUAUUUUUAAUGGUCAUAAUCAUACUCAAUCAAUGUUAAAUCAAAGACAACGACAAAUACUCCAAAAGAAGGAAGUUUUACUGAAAAUAUUUGGAAAUUAUAAUCCAUUAGAUCUAGAGAUGGGUAGUAAUGGUAUUGAUGAUGUAUCAAGACUUUUAAGUGAGGAUGACGAAGAAAUGAAGAAUUUAUUAAAUUUAGAUGCUGAUUUCAAAAUAAAACAAGAAGAUAUGAAAAGGAAUUUAUUUAAAAAGCAUAAUUCAUUACAAGAUAAUGACUUGGAUGAGGUUAAUAAUAAUAACCAUAAUGUUGAUGAUAAAUUGUUUGAUGAUUUUGAUUAUGAAAAGUUUAAUAAAUUAACACAUAAGAAAAUGAAUAAUAUAUUAUCUAGAUUCAUUAAUCAAUAUGAAGAAGAUACAAAUAAUGAUAGCAUGUAUAACAAUGAAGAUGGUUAUAAUAGUGAGAAAAGUCUAAAUAGUGAUGAUGUUUCAAAUAUGGAAUUUGAUGAAGAAUUAUUACAAUUUACAUUAACAUAUUUGAAACAAAAAGUCAAAGAAGAAACAAAUAAUUUAGAUGAAUAUGAAUGA